AUGAAUUACUUGAAGAGUUUAUUUUUAUUUUAGUUUCAUCAUCCGAUAUGGAUUCUUCUUCUUCUUCUUCACUUUCAACUGGUCAUUGUCGUAUAUGUGUUCCAUCAUUAAAUAUGUGUUUUUCAACGAAUAAAUUACAAUCAUUAAAAAUUAUAGGAAAUAUAUUUGAUGUAUCAAAAUUAGCACAUCCAUUAACUAUUCAAGAUUAUAUAUCAAUAUUAAUUGAUAAUGAUAAAUAUCUUGAUAGUGAAUUAGCAAAUAUAAUUAAUAAUUUACCAUCAUUAGUAUUACGUUAUAAACGUUCAAAUAAUAAUGAUAAUCAAAUAAUAAAUGAUAUAGAUAUUUCAGAUACAAUGAUGGAUGAAAAAUUAUCAUCAGAAUUUUCAUCAUUAACAAAUUCAUCUUUAGGUAAAAAAGAUAAUUCUGAUUCAAUUGUACGUGGUAUACUUAACAAUUCAAUGAAAUAUAAUUAUGAAAAACAAUCUGUUGAUUCAUCAUCAACAGGAGAUAGAAUUUUAAAUGGUAAUACUGUACAAAAUGAUAAUACAAAAAUACCGGUAACUCAACAGUCAUCUCAAAUGAAUUCAACAAAGUCAAAUCAAAUACCAUUAAAUCCUGAAACAAUUCAACAACAACAUAUAGAUUUUAUUAAGAAAUAUACAUCAGCAAAAGAAAAAUUAGAAGCUCAAUUAGAUAUAGCACGAAAACAAGAAAUAGCUAAUGGUGGACAAGCAAAUGAUGUGAUGAAACGAAAUAAUAUACUUAAUAAAUUAGCUCAAUUAGAAAAUAUUAAAAAUAAACAUUUAGCACGUACACUUGAAUUAAGACGACAAACUCAACAAAUAGCAACAACUGUAACUAUUAAUAAUAUUGAACAAAAAGAUUUACUUAAUAGUUUAUUUACUUCAUCAUCUCCAAAAUCCAUGGGAUAUAUACAAAUGGAUAAUAAUAGUCAAACAAAUAUUUCAUCAUCACCAACAUUUUAUUCAUCAGGUUAUCAACCUCAAUCGAAUUCUUCUCCUAUAUAUCGACCACAAUCAUUACCAUAUGAAACUGGACAAAAUUCACAAUCAUUUCAUGAUUUACAUACAAGAGUUAAAACUCCUGUAUAUGAUGAAUUUUUAAUACCAUCAUCAUCACCGUCAUCAUAUAUACCCGUGAAUAAUCCAUCAUUAUCUGUACAUUCAUAUAUGAAUGUUUCAUUUCAAGGCACACCAAAUAAUACAUCAACAAUGACACCAUCUUCUUUCAAUCAUCAACAUCAUCAUCAUCAUCACAAUACUACUUAUCCUUAUUGA